UCCGGAGCCCCGGCAGGACGCGCAGCCGAGCGCCGAGAUGAGCCUGGCGGAGGGUCGCGCCCCGCGCAGAACGGCCGGGAACCGGCUGUCGGGGCUGCUGCAGGCCGAGGAGGAGGACGAGUUCUACCAGACCACCUACGGCGGCUUCAACGAGGAAUCCGGGGAUGACGAGUACCGGGGGGAACACUCGGACACGGAGGACGAGGUGGACUCGGACUUCGACAUCGACGAGGGGGACGAGCCGGGCAGUGACCAGGACGAGGCCGAGCCCCGGCGGCGCCGCCGCGUCCUCACCAAGGCCUACCGGGAGCCCCUGAAGAGCCUCCGGCCCAAGAAGCCGGAGGGGCCCCGAGGGGGAUCCCAAAAACCUCGGGAGGUGAAAUCCAUCCCCCUGGAGCUCCAGGAUGACGUGGGAGACAGCAGGAAGCACAUGCGCCAGUCGACCACGGAGCACACGCGGCAAACGUUCCUGAGGCUCCAGGAGCGCCAGGUCCAGUCCAAGAGGAAAAAAGGGGGAACGAGCUACGAGAGGCCCCUGACCCAGGAGGAGCUGCUGGAGGAGGCCAAAAUCACGGAGGAGAUCAACCUGCGCUCCCUGGAGAACUACGAGCGCCUGGAGGCCGACAAGAAGAAGCAGGUGCAGAAGAAGCGUCAGUGCGUGGGGCCCGUGAUCCGGUACCUGUCCCUGGCCAUGCCCGUCCUCCCGGAGCCCCCCCGGCACCUCCUGGACGUCGAGGGGCUGGAGCAGGACCCCCCUCCUCCUCCUCCUCCUCCCUCCUCCGACCCCUCUCCCUACGGGAAGUGCUCCCGGACCUUCAUCUCCUUCAGCGACGACGAGACCUUCGAGCGCUUCUUCCCGAAAUCCAAACCGCCCCGGCUGCCGGUGCGGGAGCUGUGCCCGGUGACCCACCGGCCGGCCCUGUACCGGGACCCCGUCACCGACAUCCCCUACUCCAGCAUCCGCGCCUUCCGCAUCAUCCGCGAGGCCUACAAGAAGUACAUCACGGCCCACGGCCUGCCCGGAGCCUCCCUGGGAAUUCCGGCGCCUCCCGAGCCCGGGGCCGCUCCCGGAGGAGCCGGAGCGGCCACGGCCCGGCCGGGAAGGCAGAAGAUCGUCAUCAAACAGAGCGUUCCCAGCGCCUGAGCCCAGGGAAUGGCGGGAGAAUGGUGGGAUAACGGUGGGAUAACGGUGGGAUAACGGUGGGAUAAUGGUGGGGGGGGAGCGGGAGAACGACCGGGAUGGAAACGGGAUAAAACCGGGAUAGCGCCAGGGUGUGGCAGGGAUGGGAGAGGGAUAACAGCUGGGAUAGAAAUGGGAUAAAACCAGGAUAGCUCCAGGGUGUGGCAGGGAUGGGAGAGGGAUAACAGCCGGGAUAGAAAUGGGAUAAAACCGGGAUAGCGCCAGGGGAUGGCAGGGAUGGGAGUGGGAUAACAGCUGGGAUAGAAACGGGAUAGAAACAGGAUAAAACCAGGAUAACACCAGGAUAACACCAGGGGGCAGCAGGGAUGGGAGUGGAAUAACCGGGAUAGAAAUGGGGUACAACCAGGAUAGCGCCAGGGGAUGGCAGGGAUGGGAGUGGGAUAACAGCCGGGAUAGAAAUGGGAUAGAAACAGGAUAAAACCGGGAUAGCACCAGGGGAUGGCAGGGAUGGGAGUGGGAGAAUAGCUGGGAUAGAAAUGGGAUAAAACUGGGAUAGCACCGGGGAUGGCAGGGAUGGGAACAGGAUAACAGCCAGGAUAGAAACGGGAUAGAAACAGGAUAAAAACAGGAUAACACCAGGGGGCAGCAGGGAUGGGAGUGGAAUAACAACCGGGAUAGGGAUAGAAACAGGGUACAACCAGGAUAACAGCGGGGAUGGGAGCGGGAUACAGUCGGGAUAGUGCUGGGAUAGAAACGGGAUUAAACCGGGAUAGCGCCAGGGGAUGGGAGUGGAAUAACAGCUGGGAUAGUCCUGGGAUAGAAACGGGAUACAACCAGGAUAACAGUGGGGAUGGGAGCAGGAUAACAGCCAGGAUAGUGCCAGGAUAGAAACGGGAUAAAACUGGGAUACAACCGGGAUAGAAACGGGAUACAACCAGGAUAAUGGCGGGGAUGGAAGCGGGAUACAGCCGGGAUAACGCCCGGAUAGAAGCGGGAUAACACCGGGAUAAUGCCAGGGGACGGCAGGGAUGGGAACGAGAUAUAGCUGGGAUAACGUUGGGAUAGAAAUGGGAUAAAAACGGGAUAAACCCAGGAUAACACUGGGAUACAGCAGGGAUAGAAACACACUGGAUAAAACCAGGAUAAGACAGGGACACUCCUGGGAUCCUCCUGGGAUCCCACUGGGAUUUCCAGGGAUGGACUGGGGACAUGGGGGGGGUCCCCGGCCCCCCGGCAGCGGCAAUUCCUUGGAUUUAUCCCGUUCCAGGGGCUUGUUUUCCCUGGGGGGGGGGGGGUUAUUCCAUGACAGGGUUCCGGAUUUUUGUAGGUAAAAAAAUAGGAAUAAAUGGAAGUUUUGGCGGA